AUGCCUGAGCAGUUGGGCGCGGAGGCACCGCAGCACGUUGUCCCAGAGGGGGACCAGAGCGCAGGAUCUGAAGCCGGGAAUGUCACGAGGGGAACCAAAAACCACGAUGACAGCGAUCCUUUUGUCUCACUCCGGCACAUGGAAGACCGGAAGCAACUCGAGACACAGGCGCGCGCUGUCGUAACGGCGUUACUUGCAGAGAAAGGCGAGGUGUACGUGCAAGGACUUCUUCAAGCAGAAAUACAGCGGGUGAAGAAAAAGGAAUCGGAAGCGGCGGCGAUAAAAAAGAAGAUUUCAGCAGCCACCAAAUUGGCGGGAGAGCUGAAGGGGGAUAUCCGGCGGGAGACUGAGGCAAAGGCAGAAGAGGAGCAUAUGUGCAAAAACCUCCAAGCGGAGAUGAAACGACGAAGCACACUCACAGAGGAAGCUACCAGAAGGAUGGAAAGCCGCCGGCUCACCCUCAAGAAAGAUGUGGAAACCAGCGUCCGGGACGUGCGGGAGAAGUAUGACGAUCGCAAGCGGCAGGCGAUGGAAUUAGUAGAGGAGAACAAGCGCCUUACUGAUGAAGUGGCCAAGAUGAGGAAAGAGUUCGACGAGGCUCGCGCAACAUACGCUGACACCUGCAAGGAACGCGAAACCUAUGUGGAAUCUCUGAUACGUUCCUACCGUGAGGUGACGAGGGAGGUGGAAACGCUGGAGGCUAAGAUAGCCCUUGUGCGCCGCGAGCGGCAGGCAUCAGAGCAGCGAAAAGCCUCUCUGGAAAAGCAGUUGGAGUCGUACAACUCACAAUUUGGCUCCUUGUCAGAGGGACAAUCCGUUGAGGAUGCGGAAAGGAUGGCUAAGGAGCAGCGUGAGGAGGCGGAGGCGAGAAUAGCUCAAUUAGAAAGUGAAAAGAAAGAGGCCAGUGAGAUUCGACUCAGACUUGACAAGGAGACUGCGACGUGGCGUGCAGCACUAGCGGCUCAUAAGCGUGAGCUUCCGAGGUUGGAGAAAGCCAAGCUGGCAGCAGAAAAGAGAUGCAGACAAGCACAGGAGAGGGCAAGGCAACAGCUGAAGGAGGAUGCCACAACAACAAAAGACCAAGAGGAUGGCGGCAUGUAG